UCCGACCCGAAUCUAGAUGCCGCAAUCAGAGCGGCUUGCAUACGCUUCGAGGAGUCUCUGCGUCUCGGUUAUUUUUACUAUACAUAUGCGUAUACUGUAUGAUAUUUGUGUUGGGAAUUAUCGGAGGUUUGAGCUAGAAACGUCCUUUUUUUUUUUUCACUAAUUUGAAAGUUUAGAAGUUCUGGUGUAGGGUAUUUUGAUCUUACUAACUUCUGAGGCAGCAGGCAUGUAGUGAUUAAAACUUUGUAUGUCAAAAUUCAAUCUUGUGUUUUGCAUUUCGGAUGUUUGAUUCCUUCGGAGUAAAAUACAAGUGUAACCAGUGUCUUCAAGGGUGCAACACGUGCUUUGGUACAAGCCUGCACUUGACAGAUCCUCUUUUUAUCGAUCCAUAUGCUGAAUGUUUGGUUUCUUCUGAGGCUGGUAGAUCUGGCAUGAAGAAGCAACAACUAGCCUCAGUAUCAUCGACAUUAUAUUACAGGCUAGCAACUAAGUUCAUUGAUGACAAAAUACUUGAUGAGAUUAGCAGCUUACAGGAGCUGAGGCAGGUUGUUCUUUUGACAGAUGGAAUGGACACCCGUCCGUAUAGGUUGAACUGGCCACGAUCUACGGUCAUUUAUGAUAUAUCUCCUGAAGCUGUUUUCAAAGAAGCAUGUGGGAAACUUCAGGUUAGUGGAGCUAAGGUUUCUAAAACUUGCAUGAUGCUCCACGCUUCUCUAGAGUCAUCCGAUUUGCAGACUCUUCUGUUAAGAAAAGGAUUUAGUGGUUAUAAACCGAGCUUAUGGGUUAUCCAGGGGCUGCCACUCACCUCAUUGGCUGACUUUGAGGAUAUCUUAUCUACAGUCAGCUGUUUAGCCAUAAAAGACUCCCUUUUCGUUGGUGAAUUUCCUGGUCGGUUGCUCGGCACCGAACUUGAUAAUAAGCUUGCUAUUGAAAGAUGGAUGGAAAACCUUUUCUUGAAUCAUGGCUUCAGAGUCAAUGUAGUUAACUAUGAUGAAGUAGCGCGAAAUGUGCCCUGUGGAGUAGAAGGAAAGGCUUUUAAUGUGCUUUUUGCUGCAAGGCAGUUGAGGCUUUCUGAUGCCCAGAUGGAAACCUGGAGGUCAUAUAUGGAAAGGAUUGAUGAAGAAGGUGAUGAGGAAGGAUUUGAGGAAUUAUAGAACCAUUUGAUGAUGGUGAUGUAGAAGGUAACAUGCUUAUUGUGUCUAGUAGUGUUCGUCUUUGUUCAUGUAAAGUUUUAUUCGCUUUAUCACUUAAUAGAGAUUAAUUUUAAUGAGUUUGGAGUUUAAGGAUGGACCAUUCCCUCAAUUUCGUAUUAUUAGCUGUAGUUUUGCCUAUUGGCUUAGGGACUGUUUGAUUGAAGUUAUUUUUGGUAUACUGUAUUUGGAAUGCAAAAGAUUUAAAAAGUUCGGUGCUUGGUUUAAGAAAUUUAGAAUACAGUGUAAAAUUCUGGUGAAUUUUAAACUGACCCAGUAGUUCAUAUUUGGUGUUUUUAAAGUACGCCAUAAUUGGCCAUUUUUUUAAGUACAAUGGAGAAAUAUGCUAGGUAGCGGCCGCCCCAUCACC